CCUACGCUCCUUUCUGUGGCCCUUCCUUCCUUUUCCCUUUUUACCCGGCCCCCUCCUCCCUCCCACCCUCCUUUUCCCCUCUGCUCGCUCGUCGAAGCCAUUCGACAUGCAACUGCUUCCUCUUUUCUCGGCCCUCUUGGCCGCGCUGUCAGUGUCGACGUACGUCACCGCUGCGCCUGGCACGUCGCUUGAGGAGCCAAAGAUUGCCCUGUCCAAGCGGGACAAUCUACUCAAGCGCGACAGCGAUGAGGUGGACCUCGACAAGGUAUCGACGCACCUCAAUCGUGUCGCUGCCAAGUACCAAAACAGCCUGAGCAGCCUGUUGGCCAACACGGGCCUCGACCUGACGAAGGACAUUGCCCUGCUUCAAGGUGUCUCGAAGCUCGCCAUUCCAAUCCAGAAGCGUGCUGGCAAGACGGGCUCGGUGAGCCUGGCUACUGACUCGACACUGUGGCACGGUGCUAUCAGCUACGGUGGCCAACGGUUCCAGAUCGACUUUGACACGGGAAGCGCAGACACCAUUGUCAACCCUGACGCAUACCACCCUGGCUCGUCUGCCAAGGCCAGCGGCCAGUUCACGACGCAGUACGGUGACGGCACCACUUCAGAGGGCCAGGUCUACACCGACACGGUCCAGGUCGGCGGCCUGAGCGCGCCUGGUGCAGGCAUCGGACGAAGCAACACGGCGUUCACCGAGCCAAACGAGCCCGACUCUGGCGUGGCCGGCAUGGCCUUCCAGUCAAUUUCCUCGACAAAGACGGCGCCCUUCUUUGACGCACUCAUCAAGGCAAAGGCUCUGGCCAAGAACGUCUUUACGUUUACGCUCUCGCAGGGAACCUCCUCUCUUUAUCUUGGCGGCACCGGGCCGGCCAACAACCCGACCUAUGUCAACACCGACACAUCGCAGGGCUUCUGGCUCACGCCCGAUUCGACGAUUGCCGGACAGAAGAUUGGCCUGAUCCACGACACAGGUACGACGCUGACGAUUGUGCCCGUGCGCGUGGCACAGGGCCUGUUUGCGUCUCUCAACGUCCAAACAUACCAGAGCGGCCAGGAGCUCCACGCCACCUACGACUGCAACUCCCCGCCCAAGGUCACCGUCAAGAUCAAUGGCUUCUCAAAGGACUACUCCAGCCAGUCGUUGACAUUUGGUAAGCGACAGGGCCAGUGCGUCAUGUCAAUUGUCGGCAUGGACAUCAACGCUCCCGGCGGCAUUGCUGGCGAUAGCUUCCUCCAGAAUGUCCACGCCGUCUUUGACCGCGACCAGAACCGCAUUGGCUUCAGCUCGCAGUAAUCAAGCCCCGCUCCUAUCUCUUUAUAUUCAUCCAUUGCCUCUACAUUAUUCUCUCUUCCCAGCACAAGCCCAGCACAAUGCCCUGUCGCAUUCACUUUCGCCAGGAGUAGUAUCCUCUCUCCCUCGCUUGCUCC